UCGGUGGAAUUUUUGGUCAAUGCGGGCUAGAAGACGCUCAAGACGGUGGAGAUUCCGAUGGAGGACCGGCUGGAGAACUUGUCGCUAACGGAGGAUGGCGGGGACGGGGGGAAGUCUUCGCGAUAAGGCAGAAGAAUAUGGCCCAUUUGCUGCUGCAGGGACUUCACAGAGAGGACGCGGAAAUUCUGCGCAGCGUGUUCAGCAGGAACGAGCCGGAUCUGAUUCAGCGGACUGCAUUCCGGAGCAAUUCAUUUCGGCGCUGCUGAUGGAGAUUCCCACGUUGAUGCAGCAGAAAACUGUGCAUGUUUUGCUGGCUCAAGGCCCUCAUCCACAGUCACACGAGCCAGCUGAUGGCGCUGGGCUCGGAGAAUCUGCUGGCCAACUUCAGAACCUGUCUGGGCAUCAUCGAGUACUGGGUGCAGCAUGCCAACUCGGUGUCCAAGUAGGUGUUUAUUCCCUUCGAGGCGAUUUGCAACACCAAGCACAUGGUGGAGUUUGUCAUGACUGACGUGGAGAUUGACCGUGACAACGAGAAGAAAAAGCUCCCCCGCCAGGGCGCGGUCUCGUUCUGGCACGUGCUUGCUGACGUUUGGGACGUGAAAGCGUCCGAACUGGGCAUCAACGAGAACACGAUCCACAACCGGUCCUACCUGUGUCACCUCCUCAAAGCUGGCGAUUCUGUGCUCGGUUACGACCUUGC